UGUUUGUUUGACAAUAAUUAUAAAUAAAAUUUGUGUUUAUUAUUAAUUAAUAUAAAAUGGAAAGUUUCAAAAUGUUAUUUGGUCAUAAAUGUUCCAUAUUUCUUCGUAAUAUAAAAACUACGAAUAUAUGUAAUAUAAUUCGUACUAUUACUAAAAUACAACAGAAAAAUAAAGAAGAUAAAUAUAUGUUUGGACCAAUGAAUAAAAAGAAGAAAAAAAAGGCAUCGACAACAGAUUCAACAGUCGAUUUAAAAGAUGAAAAUAUAACGAAAGAUUCAGAAUUAUGGUGGAAUUUAAAGAUUAGUAAAUCUAGUAUGAAUUUGAUUCAAUUUAAGGAAAAUAUUGAUUGUAACACAUUAAGUAUUAUGAAAUUGAAUACAAGUAAUGAAAAGAAUCUUUUGCUUAAUUGCAAUGAAAAUAAAGUUGCAUCCAAAAGCAAGGAGAAUAAUAUUAAAAGUAAAAGAAUUAAAGAUAUUAAAAUAAGAAAAAGUAAAACUGCUAAAAAAUCUAGCAAAAGUAAAAAAGCUGAUAGCAAAACUAAUAAAGAUGAUAGCAAAAAUAUUAAUGAUGAUAGCGUUGCAAUAAGCAAAACUGAUAAAGAUGAUAGGGUUGCAACAAGCAAAACUAAUAAAGAUGAUAGGAUUACAACAAGCAAAACUAAUAAAGAUGAUAGCGUUGUAACAAAAGCUAUUUCUACUGAGUUAAAAUUUCCACAAUCAAAGAAUGAAAUAUUAAAUGUAGAUUUAAUUAAGUUAUGUCGCUUUCCAAUUUUUCCUGAACAACCAACGAAUCCAGAAAUGUUAAAACAAUCAGAAGUAUUAUCCUUUUCUUUGAAAGACGAUCCAGAAAUUCUUGAUUAUCCAUCUGUUACUAAAAUUUUAUCUGAGAGUAUGUCUUCAGAAGCUCAAAGAGCUUUAAAAUUGUGGAAAGAAAAACUUAUAAAAGAAAUGGGUGAAGAGAAAUUCAAUGAGUAUCAACAAGAGCUACUGAACAAUGGAAAAUUAUUUCAUUCUUGUAUAGAAGAUACUUUAUACGGAAGAGAAGUUGAUGUACCUGAACAUAUUCUUCCAGCUUAUGAUAGUUUAAGUAGUAUCGUAAAUGAAAUAAAAGAUAUUAGAGCAAUCGAAUCGUUUGUUUCUCAUAAGGGGUUGUUUUACAAAGGAAAAGUCGAUUGUAUAGCAACUUACAAGGGCAAAUUAUGCGUCAUUGAUUGGAAAAAAUCUGACAAAGAGAAAGGAAAUUUAUUUUUAACUUAUGAUGCACCGAUACAACUCGCCGCAUAUGUAGGUGCUAUUAAUUCCUCUAAAAGUUAUCCAUUUUCGAUCCACUAUGGUAUGAUAGUCGUCGGUUACACAACGGGAAAACCAGCAGACAUAUUCUAUUUAUCAGACCAUUUUUUGGAAUUGCAUUGGUCUAGAUGGUUAGUUAGAAUGAAAAAAUAUUGGCAUAAUAUUCAAAACCAAAACAAUAAUUCCGAUUAAAAUCAAAUUUUCAUUGUACAAUGAGAAACAAAUAAAACAGUCAAUGGUUUCGUCACAUUUGA